UUCUGGAUCCAUCUAGCAGCAAAAAUACGCGACAAAUAUUUCUCCACCACAGUUUUGUCCUUGUGCUACUGGAAGUUACUGACAGAACUACAUUUCAAAUUACGUCGAAUUCUGACGUUCAUAAGAACAAGUUGGCAGGCCUGUGCAGUGUACCGCUACACCUAAGUCGCACUUUCGCUCUGCUGUUUGCUCGCAGUUUUCUAACGGUGACCAUACGGUUGAAAGAACAACUUCUGCUGCAGGUGUUCAAGAUGCCGUUCUACAUCCAGAAUACGGAGACAGAGCUGGUGGUGGACCUCAAGGAAGGGGCUGAGGGCGAGGAGCCGCAAGUGAUCAUGUUUUCUUACCACGGGGGCGCCAACCAGCUAUGGGAGUACAAGGAUGGCAUGAUAUACAGCAAAUCGAAUGGACUGGUUCUGGAUGUGAACCAGGAGACUGGCAACGUGUCCACAUUCGAGCCACACGGCGGAGCCAACCAGUUGUGGCACUUCGAGGACGAUGGUACGAUCAGAAGCGAGAUCGACCAGGUACUGGACGUGUCUGAAGGAGGCGCCGAACCUGGGGCCCUCGUGAUCGCUUUCACAAAGCACGGUGGACCCAAUCAGAUCUUCAAGAUCGUGACGGUCGACGAAUAACCUGCACUGCAGGACGACCGAGUGUCGAUUGAAGUCGAUGCACCGUUUCUCUCUUGUGUCCUUUGCUCGGUAGAAAUUAAAAUUCUUUACCCGAUCGUAUGUAACAUGCCAAAUUCUGCAUCAGAAACUACAUAUAAAAACACGUACACCGGCAAUUACAACAUUUAUGGGAAUUCUAAUGGGUGCUCGUAGCCAUUUUUUGUUGGACACAAAAGGCAACUCAAAUCCGUUAAGUUCUUCUGCUUUUUUGAAACGUGGGGGGAGAUAGUCGGACGUACAAGUGUUACGUCACCGAUGUUGUUCGUAUUUGUAUCGACUGAUAUUCCUAAUAAAACAUUUGACAGUUCUACGACCAAAUCAUUUAUUCGUUUUAAAUGACUUUACUCGAUAAACGUUCAUAAUAUUGACAUAAAAUGAUACGGCGUUUCUCAUACAUCAGUGUUAGCAUUUCCCUCUUCGUUCCCAAUCUUACGAUCGACUACGUCUCAUGAGAUUUCACCCUAUAAAAAUUCUGUAAUAAUUUCUUGUUUCCCUUAUCCUACCUUCACAUGCAGAUAAUUCGUAAUAUCUUUCAUUUAAAAGUGUCUCAAUCAAGAAUUUACGCGGUAAAUUAUUUUCCCUACCACAGGAAUUAUUAAUUCAUAUUACAUAACCUCAAUUAUUACCAGAUAAUGCGAUCAUAAAAGUAGCAUCUAACAAACGUACUUGGUCAAACUAAAGCAGAGGAAGGGUUUUUCAGAUUCCAUUAUCUUCGGCAACCCACCAGCCAUUAUCCAGCACCGGUUGAAAGUCAAAAUCGGGGAAUUACCUGUAGUGGAGGAAAUGACUUCCAAUGAUCGGAUUAAGUCAUUUUAAAAUUAAUAUUUUACAGCGGUUAACAUUAUAGUGUUUGGGCGAGAAUUCAGGUUAUAACGGCGACAAGUAUGAAGCUGACAAGACUUACAGCACGUUUCACCGUGAAGUCUCAUAGAUAUUUACAGACGUUUCAGAGACGCACUAGACUUCUAUCACCAGUGCAACAACCCAGGACAACAUCCCAGAAGAAAUUCGUCUUCAUCAUGUUUAGUUUAUCGGGCAAUUACAAUUGGAAUAUGUUGUUUAUUCAUUUAGUUUAUAUUCUUUGUUAGUUACAUGGAUUUUGUAGUAAUUUACUUCUUAUAUAAAUAAAGUUUUAAUGAAUAAUUUA